GGCUGGGAAAUUCGUGCCACUGACCAAGGCCGCCUUUAUUACGUCAACCACAAUGAUCGCACCACCUCGUGGCAGCCACCAGGCAUCGAUGAGUUUGGCGAAUUGCCCGAGGGUUGGGAAAUCCGUCGCGAUGCUCGUGGUCGCGUUUACUACGUCGAUCACAAUUCGCGCUCCACAACCUGGCAACGCCCCAAUGCCGAUCUCCUCAGCCAGCGCCGCCAAUUUGCUGCGGGCCAAACCACUCUGGCGCAGGCUGCACAGCAGCAUGGACAGCGAUCACUCGGCUUUUCAAGCUCAGUGGAGCAACAAGUUGAGCCCCACGAUGAUCGGGGACCAUUGCCACCCGGUUGGGAGCAGCGGCAGACCCCCCAGGGGCGAGCCUACUACGUCUAUCACCCUGCUCGCCACACGCAGUGGGAGGAUCCGCGUCUGCAGGAUGCCAUGGCUUCGGUCGAGACCAUGCCGUUGCCCGCCGGCUGGGAAAUUCGCAGCACCACCGAUGGCCGACGUUACUUUGUCGACCACAACACACGAUCUACCACAUUUCGAGACCCCCGCCUCGACCUGGCAAAGCGAGGUCCGGACAAAAGCAUUCCACAAUAUCAUCGCGAAUUCAAGCACAAGGUUUGGUGCCUACACAAACACUACUGCCCCCAGGUCCAAGGCCAGUUCAAGAUGCCUAUUCGCCGCAGCUCUCUCUUUCAGGACUCCUUUGAUUGCAUCAUGAGCGAGCACCCAGAUGAGACAGGCUUUCGUCGCUUGUUCAUCACUUUUCAAGGCGAGCAGGGUCUGGAUUACGGUGGUGUUGCGCGCGAAUGGUUCUUCCUCAUUUCCCACGAGAUGCUGGACCCCAUGUACUGCCUCUUUGAAUACGCCACCGCCAACAAUUACCAGCUGCAAAUCAACCCCAACUCCCACGUCAACCCAGAGCAUCUGCAAUACUUCCGCUUCGUGGGCCGCGUCGUGGCGCUGGCCAUCUAUCACAAAAAGUUUAUCGACAAUGGCUUUACCCUUCCAUUUUACAAGCGCCUCUUGAACAAGAAGCUUGUCUUGCAGGACUUGGAGACGGUUGAUCCUGACUUUUACAAGAAUCUGUACUGGUUAUUGAAUAACGAGAUUGACGAUCUUGAACUCGGCCUUGUAUUCACGGCCGAUUCCAACGAGUUUGGUGCUGUCAAAGAGGUGGAGCUCAAGGCUGGGGGCAAAGACAUUGAGGUCACCGAUGCCAACAAGCAGGAAUAUGUCGAGCUCAUGGCGAAUUUCCGCUUGAAGCGGGGUGUCGAAGAGCAAACCGAGGCCUUCCUCAUGGGCUUCCAUGAGAUUCUGCCUCAUCAGGCCAUUGAGUUUUUUGACGAGCGUGAGAUGGAGCUGCUUUUGAUCGGCAUGGCCGAGUUUGACGUGGAUGCGUGGGAAAAGCACACCAUUUAUCGCAACUAUCGCAAGAAGGAUCGUCAGGUCGCUUGGUUCUGGGAGGUGGUGCGCGAAUUCACGCAAGAGCAACGGGCUCGUUUGUUGCAAUUUGUGACGGGCAGCUGUCGCCUGCCCGUGGGUGGUUUUGCCGAGCUGCAGGGCAGCAAUGGACCCCAACCCUUUUGCAUCGAGCGUUAUAACGAUCACGGAGCGCUGCCGCGCAGCCACACGUGCUUUAACCGCCUCGAUUUGCCACCUUACAAGACGAAGGAAGCCAUGAAGCAAAAGUUGACCAUGGCGAUUGAGGAAACUGAAGGCUUUGGUUUGGAAUAA